AUGGUGACCCGGUUGUGUCAGGGUCGAUACGGGGUCUCGGUGCUGGACGCGGACGUUCUCGGUCAUCGGAGCUACUCGAAAGGAACGCCGUGCUACCGGCAGUUGCUCAAGACCUUUGGGGAGGAGAUUGUGGGAGAGGAUGGGCAGAUCAACCGACGUGCCCUGGGACGCAUCGUUUUCUCCUCGCCCCAGGAGCGGAACCGGCUGGAAGGCAUCGUGUGGCCGGAGAUCAGGAGGCUCAUGGAGGAGGACCUGCGGGCCUUGGGGGAGACCGGCAUCCACGCUGCCGUGGUGGAAGCGGCGGUGAUGCUGGAGGCGGGCUGGGAGGACGCCAUGGACGAGGUGUGGGUCGUGGCCGUCGAACCGGAG